AUGCGGUGGCUGCUGAGUACAAUGUGCCUUGUCCAUGUAUGUGGAAAUAUAAUUUGUUUUUUUGCAACAACCAUGAAUCCUGAAGCCCACAUGAAUGUUAGUGAAAUUAUAAUCCAUUGGGGCUAUACAAGUGAAGAAUAUGAGGCUGUGACUGAGGAUGGUUACAUCCUCCCAAUUAACCGUAUUCCUCAUGGGAAAAACAACACGAAUAGCACAACCCCAAAGAAAGUAGUACUUUGUCAGCAUGGCUUGUUUUCAACUGCUGGUGUGUGGGUUUCCAAUCCUCCCAACAACAGCCUGGCCUUCAUUCUAGCAGAUGCUGGUUAUGAUGUGUGGAUGGGGAACAGCAGAGGAAGUACCUGGGCAAAAAAACAUUUGUACCUGGACCCAAACUCUAAAGAAUUCUGGGCUUUUAGUUAUGAUGAAAUGAUAAAAUAUGACCUUCCAGCCACCAUUAAUUUCAUCCUGAAGAAGACAGGACAAAAGCAGAUUUACUAUGUUGGACAUUCUCAAGGCACCCUUAUUGCUCUGGGGGCGUUUUCGGCAAAUCAACAACUGGCUGAAAAGAUAAAAAUGUGUUUGUUACUGGCUCCAAUUGCUACUGUUGAAUAUGUUAAAGGUAGUGGGCGCCUCCCAUCUUACUUCCAUCCAACGGCUUUCAAGAGCCGCAUUGAUGUAUAUAUAACACACAGUCUAGCAGGAUCAUCAGUUCAAAUUCUUCUACAUUACAGUCAGGCGAUUAAUACAGGUGUGUUUGGAGCUUAUGAUUGGGGAAGUCCAUCUCUAAAUAUGCUACACUACAAUCAGACAACUCCUCCAUUAUACAAUGUGGAAGACAUGAAGGUUCCAACUGCCAUGUGGAGUGGCAGAAAUGACUUUUUGGCUGAUGAAAUAGAUGUUGCACAUUUGGUAUCCAAACUUCCCAAUCUCAUUUACCAUAAAAUUAUUGCUGAUUUUAGCCAUCUUGAUUUUGCAGUGGGACUGAGUGCUUAUGAUGAGGUGUUCAAAGGUAUUUUAAAACUUCUUCAUGAAUCUGAGACUGAAAAUUUGCAUUAG